AUGUGGACAAGCAUCUCUCUUUGCCCCUCUGAUCGUAUAUCUUCUAAACAAAUAAAGACUCAAGAAAAUAUAUCAGUUAAUGAUUUGUUAGUUGUAACUUUGAUUAGAAAGGCUAAAUUAAGCAACCUUUUCAAACCAACUGAGGUUCCUUUAAAAUUUCUUAUGUUGGUUGAAAUGUGCAUUAUCAGAAAGAAACGUAAAGCUGAAUUAUUCACUACUAGCAAUAGGGCCUCUAACUUAAUAUAUUUAAUUGAUAUUCAUUCAUUACAAUACCUCUCGCAAAAAUUAAAUCCAGAAUUAAGGAAUUUAGUUAUUCCUAUUGCUAUUGACAAAAAAAAUAGAAGAUUACCCAAACCUUUUAAUAACCAUCCUGGGUAUGAUCUGAAAUAUGUGGAAUUGUAUAUUAACAAAUAUUGUGGCAUUAAUGAUUAUCAACGAUUCUUUGAUGAACUUUUUGAAACUGAAAGACGAUAUGAUACACUAUUAGUUAUUAAACCAUAUAAAACUCCAGUACAGUGGGCUAUUCGAGUUAGAGUUCCUUUACAAGAGCUAAUCUCUGAGAGAAAGAGGAGUGUUUACCAUGUACAUGCUCUAUUUCUAGCAUUCAGUAAGGGUAGAUAUGUAAAAAUUCUCGAACCUAAAGACCUGAUGCAAGAACAUUGGGAUCAUGAUUGUAAUAAACCAAAAACUAGAGAUGGUUCGGCAAAAAUUAUUCAAAAUGUUUGGAGACGAUUCCAAGAAAAAACUCGAGAACAAUUUAAUCAGUGGUGUACUAAAUGGAUUGAAUUAUAUAAAAACAAUCCUAUGAUGCGCAGUUCCAUUAUUAAUAGACAAUAUAAAGAAUAUUAUAUUCUGGAUAAUUGGAUAGAAUGGAAAAAGAGUCAAUUGCAGAUUAGAUUCCAAAAGUGA